AACCUCCUCCCUCCUCCCACCCCACCUUACACUUCGUCCUACAAGACUCGUCAGGCUACGGUCGGCAGGGGACGCUAGUGGGCUGGUUUCCUUGGCGACCGGUGGCCCCGCCCCCUUUGCCCCUUUAACCUUUAGGCAGCGCAAGCUGCGCGUCCCAGGCCACUCGCUCGUUUCUUCGCCGGGCGCCCUGUACUCCCGGGAUUUCCCGGCCGGAAGCGAAAAUGGCGGCGGUGGAGGGGAGCGGGUCCGCCUCCACGGAGCUGGUGAUCGGCUGGUGGAUCUUCGGGCUGCUCUUACUGGCCAUUUUGGCAUUCUGCUGGGUGUAUGUUCGGAAAUACCAAAGUCAACGAGAAAGUGAAGUUGUCUCCACCAUAACAGCAAUUUUUUCCCUGGCAAUUGCACUCAUCACAUCAGCACUUCUACCAGUGGACAUUUUUUUGGUUUCUUAUAUGAAAAAUCAAAAUGGUACAUUUAAGGACUGGGCUAACAGUAAUGUUAGUAAACAAAUUGAGGACACUGUAUUAUAUGGAUAUUACACUUUAUAUUCUGUAAUAUUGUUCUGUGUGUUUUUGUGGAUACCAUUUGUCUACUUCUAUUACGAAGAGAAGGAGGAAGAUGAUGCUAGUAGAUGUACUCAAAUUAAAACGGCCUUCAAGUAUACUUUGGGAUUUGCCAUCAUUUGUGUACUCCUUCUUUUGGUUGGUGCUUUUGUUCCUUUGAAUGUUCCUAACAAAAAUUCUACAGAGUGGGAAAAAGUGAAAUUUCUGUUUGAAGAACUUGGAAGCAGUCAUGGGUUAGCUGCCUUGUCAUUCUCCAUCAGUACUCUGACCUUGAUUGGAAUGCUGGCAGCUAUCACAUACACAGCCUAUGGUAUGUCAGCCUUACCCCUAAAUCUAAUAAAAGGUACUAGAAGUACUGCGUAUGAACGCUUAGAGAACACUGAAGACAUUGAAGAAGUGGAACAGCACAUUCAGAAGAUUAAAUCAAAGAGCAAAGAUGGUCGACCUCUGCCAGCAAAGGAUAGGCGGACCUUAAAACUCUAUGAAGAAAGGUUGAGAACACUUAAAAGGAGAGAGAGGCACCUCGAAUUCAUUGAGAAGAGCUGCUGGACAAAAUUUUGUGGCGCCCUACGACCCUUGAAGAUCAUAUGGGGAAUAUUUUUCAUCCUUGUGGCACUGCUGUUCACAGUUUCUCUCUUUCUGUCGAACCUGGAUAAAGCUCUUCAUUCAGCUGGCAUUGAUUCUGGAUUCAUAAUUUUUGGAACCAACUUGACUAAUCCACUGAAUAUGCUUUUACCUAUACUGCAGACGGUUUUCCCACUUGAUUAUCUUCUUAUAACAACUAUAAUUAUGUACUUUAUUUUCACUUCCAUGGCUGGGAUUCGGAAUAUUGGCAUAUGGUUCUUUUGGAUCAGAUUGUACAAGAUCAGAAGAGGUAGAACCAGACCCCAAGCACUCUUAUUUCUCUGCAUGAUACUUCUCCUGAUUGUCCUUCACACUAGCUAUAUGAUUUACAGUCUUGCCCCCCAGUAUGUUAUGUAUGGAAGCCAAAAGUACUUAAUAGAGAACAAUGCAACAUAUGUUGACCACAAAGGGAACCAUACACUAUCUGUGCCAAAGAAAUGUGAUGCAGAUGCUCCAGAAGAUCAGUGCAUCGUUACAAGAACGUACCUGUUCCUUCACAAGUUCUGGUUCUUUAGCGCUGUUUAUUAUUUUGGCAACUGGGCCUUCAUUGCAGUCUUCUUAAUUGGAUUAAUAGUAUCAUGUUGUAAAGGGAAGAAAUCAGUCAUUGAAGGGGAAGUGGAUGAAGAUGAUUCAGACUUAAGUGAUGAUGAACCAUCUGUGUAUUCUUGACAACCUUUUUCAAAGGUUAAUAAUUGUCCAUUGAAAAUUGAUUGAAUAUAACAUUCAUAUAAAUCAUUAGCCUGAGUAGGUUGAGCCAACUCAUUUCCAUCAAAAGUGGGAGCAUGGACUUAUCAGAAAGUAUGUAUUUUGUUGUUUUAUAAAAGAAUAUUCCUGUACCAUAGCAUACUAAUGUUGAAAAUAAUUAUAAUAAUAUGUAAAUAUACAUCCAUUGAUUCAAUGAGGGAAUGUUUUCAGGAAGUUUUUUUUUCCUCUGAUGUAUAAUAGUGUUGAAAUUGAUUAAAAACCUUCUGAAAUUAAUGUUCCCUUUUGUUGCUAUUUUAAGAUGUCAUAUAUCACUGGUACUUGUGCCUUUAUCUCUCUGCAGUCAUAUGGAAUUAUAAAAUAUCUUUUACUAAUUGCCUGGUACCUAAUAUUCAUAUAAUUACAGGUGGUAAAUAAAUAUUGCUCCCAAUACACAGCUUCUGCUUUUCACUUACUGUAUAAAGUUACAGCUAAAAUUAAAAGUGUAUUGUAGUCACUAAACCAUUCAAAUGCAGCUUACGUAUAAUGAUUUUAACUAUUUUUCUCUUCAAAUUGUAAAUGGUAACAUGCAUGUUAUUGUAAAUGCAUCAGUAAAUCUGUUGAUGCUUGCAACUAUGGUUCCCUAAAAUUCUUAUGCUACGUUUUUCAAAGUUUGGUGUUAAUAUAAACUUCUGGAUUAUUAAAAGUACUUUUUCUUAGCUAAGCUUAAAUUUCAAGUACCUGUAUUAAAUGGGGUCAUAUUUAUCAUUGCCAAUAAUGCUUGCUUCUGAAAAGUGGUUAAAGCUAUGGACCAGGGAUUUUUAAAAUAACACUUAUGAAACAAAACUGUUUUGUUUUAUUAUUUAACUGAAAGUGUCUCAUUCUAAUGGUCUGAAUAAUAUAUGUAUUAAACUCUUACAUGUAGUGUGGUUGGGUUGUGGGGAUGAAGGAGUGCAGUUAUUCUUCACUUCUGAUUACUCUAAAUAAAUACUGAUAAAAACUGAUAAAACCUAGGUAAUUUGAUGGCCUCAUUAUUAUGAGAUUACUAACAAUACAAUAAUUUGAGGAUCUAUCAUUUCAUCAGUGUUAGCAUUUCCUUCAUCAGUGAGCAUCACAACCACUUUGUGCCUCAGUGAGUUAUUGGAAAAAUUCAUUACCUUAAGGUCAUCCCCAGCUGAGGCUCUGCCCCAUUGGGCUAGGCUGGUCUGUACUCUGAUCCUUUUAGCUUGCACUUCCCUGGCAAAGCCUUCAGGAACCCAGCAGCAUCUCAUUCUGUAUCAGUGUAAUACAAACUGACAUUUUUUGUCUUACAUUUAUAUCCACAGCUUGAAUAGGUAGUUUUCACCAUUUCCAAGUGAGAAAGCCAAGGCAGAGAAAGAUUCAGAAACAUUAACCAGAAUUAUAAUAUGUACUGGCAUUAUUUCCUAAUGACACUAAUAAAUUUGCUCUGCAAAGAUCAAA